AUCAGGUUUCAGAUAGGUAGUAUCUACUAUCUAAAACCAUGGCAACUGCAGCAGCUGCGUCUGUUGUAGCGGAGUGGUGAAUAAUUAAUAUUAAUUAAACAUAAUAUUUAGCUACAAAUUAUGAUUAUAAGAUAAGAUAGCUAGAAAUAUUUUAUUUUAUAAAUCUAAAAGUUCAGUGACGAUCGGUUUUAGUCUACGGAUACGGACCACGGUAGUAUUGUAUAAUAUAGUACCAUAGAACAUAUUAUAUUAUGUUCUAUUUUUCUAUGACAUUAUAAAAUCGAAAUUCGAAGUACGAGUUUAUCAAUUAAAAAUAAAAAUUUCUAUUUUGAUCCUAUAAAUUCAUACCAAAUAUAAGGUACCUUACUACCUUCUACCAACAUGAGUAUUUUCAAUUGGUUUUAUAAAAUAUUUAACAUCGAUACAAAACCCAAUCAUUUUUUUUUUAGUUCAGAUCUUCCUUCAAAAUUUCAACUACCUACUGAAAGUGCUGAAAAUAUUAAUGCCGAAAUGCAUAAUUUAGAAUUUGAUGAUUUUUCUAAUUCAUCCAAUAGAAGAAACCAAUUUGAAAAUGAUAGGAAUAUGAUUAAUCUUGAAGAUAUCUUUAGACUGAUGGAAUUAGAAUUUCAAAAUGUAAAAAAUUAUAAUAAAGGAUCAGAUAUUUCUACAAUUCCGAUUAAUCAAUCAACAAACAAAGAAGACUUCACUGGUAUACCAAAAAAAAAUUUUAUAACACAAAGUACCUUUCUUAAUCCUAGUCCAGCUUCAGGACCUUUGAACAAACCUUCAAUGAACAUAACAAUAAAGAAUUCAGGAUCACAAUAUUUUGAAAAGUAUGGCUGGUCGUCCUCAAGGUCGACUUAUGUAUCUAAAAACUGGAAUGGCAAAAUAAUUGAAAAAGAAACGUGCACUAAUCAAUUACAAGAUGGAAUUACUGAAACAGUUAUUACUAUGAAAGAUGGAAAUAAAAAAUGCGUAGAAACAAUAACAGAAAAUUCAAAAACUGGAGAAAAAAUUGAAAAUUUACAAUUAUCCAACUUGGACCAAAAUGAAAUGAAUGAAUUAAAAAAUCAAUUUUCAAAAUUCUAAUAGCGUGAAUAAAUUUGUUAAUGGACAGACACAAGAAUCUAGUUAUUUUCAAAACACAGAAUUGAAUCAUUCAUUUGGGGAAAAUAUUAUUAUGUUAUUAACAUAUAGUUAAAUAAGUUUGUAUAAUAUUAUAACAGUUAAAAAUUACAAUAAAUUAUGAAUGUUAAAAAUUAAA